UAACCGGCAUCCGGGCGGCGAGGCGCUCUACAUUCAGUGGCCCCCACCAACGGCGACGGAUCCUGCCCAACCUUUCGCCACCCACUUUAAGUGACCGGGAUCGUCUCGCCCACCGCCACCAUCACCAUGCCCGGGUAUUCCAGCGACAGGGAUAGAGGGUUUGGAGCCCCCCGUUUUGGAGGAAGUAGAGGUGGACCUCUCUCUGGGAAGAAAUUUGGAAACCCUGGGGAAAAACUUACAAAAAAGAAAUGGAAUUUAGAUGAGCUGCCCAAAUUUGAGAAGAACUUCUAUCAAGAACAUCCUGAUGUAGUUAGACGUACUGUGCAAGAAGUUGAACAGUACAGAGCAAGCAAAGAAGUCACAGUUAGGGGCCAUAACUGUCCAAAACCGAUCAUAAACUUCUAUGAAGCUAAUUUUCCUGCAAAUGUUAUGGAAGUAAUUCAGAGGCAGAACUUCACUGAACCAACUGCUAUUCAAGCACAAGGUUGGCCUGUUGCUUUGAGUGGAUUGGAUAUGGUUGGAGUGGCACAGACUGGAUCAGGGAAAACACUGUCUUACUUGUUGCCUGCUAUUGUGCAUAUAAAUCAUCAGCCAUUCCUGGAGCGAGGAGAUGGACCUAUUUGUCUUGUGCUGGCACCAACUCGUGAACUGGCUCAACAAGUGCAGCAGGUUGCUGCUGAAUAUAGCAGAGCAUGCCGUUUGAAGUCUACAUGUAUUUAUGGAGGUGCUCCAAAGGGACCACAAAUUCGUGACUUGGAAAGAGGUGUGGAAAUCUGCAUUGCUACACCUGGAAGACUCAUAGACUUCUUGGAAGCUGGAAAGACCAACCUCAGGAGGUGUACUUACCUUGUCCUUGAUGAAGCUGACAGGAUGCUUGACAUGGGUUUUGAACCUCAGAUCAGAAAAAUUGUGGAUCAGAUAAGACCUGACAGGCAAACUCUGAUGUGGAGUGCUACAUGGCCAAAGGAAGUCAGGCAGCUGGCCGAAGACUUCUUGAAAGAAUAUGUACACAUCAACAUUGGUGCGUUAGAACUAAGUGCAAACCACAACAUUCUUCAGAUUGUGGAUGUGUGUCAUGAUGUAGAGAAAGAUGACAAGCUUAUUCGUUUGAUGGAAGAAAUAAUGAGUGAAAAGGAAAAUAAAACAAUUGUGUUUGUGGAAACCAAAAGACGGUGUGAUGAUCUUACCAGGAAGAUGAGGAGAGAUGGGUGGCCAGCAAUGGGUAUUCAUGGUGAUAAAAGUCAGCAGGAGAGGGACUGGGUUCUAAAUGAAUUCAAACAUGGAAAAGCACCAAUCCUGAUUGCUACAGAUGUUGCAUCCAGAGGUCUAGAUGUGGAAGAUGUGAAAUUUGUCAUCAAUUAUGACUACCCUAACUCCUCAGAGGACUAUAUCCACCGAAUUGGACGAACUGCCCGCAGUACCAAAACAGGCACAGCAUACACAUUCUUUACUCCUAACAAUAUUAAGCAAGUAAAUGACCUCAUCUCUGUGCUUCGGGAGGCUAAUCAAGCCAUCAACCCCAAAUUGCUUCAGUUGAUUGAAGACAGAGGUUCAGGUCGUUCCCGAGGUGAUCGACGUGACAGAUAUUCUGCGGGCAAAAGGGGUGGAUUUAGUAGUUUUAGAGAGAGGGAGAACUUUGAGAGAACCUAUGGUGCACUAGGAAAGAGAGACUUUGGAGCAAAAACUCAAAACGGGGCUUACAGUGCCCAGAGUUUCAGUAAUGGAACACCUUUUGGAAACGGCUUUGCAGCCGCAGGCAUGCAGGCUGGCUUCAGGGCUGGUAACCCUGCUGCAGGAGCUUACCAGAAUGGCUAUGAGCAGCAGUAUGGAAGUAAUAUUGCAAAUAUGCACAAUGGCAUGAACCAACAGCAGUAUGCGUAUCCCGCUACUGGUGCUGCUCCUAUGAUAGGUUACCCAAUGCCGACAAGUUACUCUCAAUAACUUAGUGUAUUUAAAUGUCUCAGUUUUUCAUAAUUGCUCUUUAUAUUGUGUGUUAUCAAAACAGGAUAGUUAUUUAAGAAAUGGGAAAUGCAGAAAUGACUGCAGUGCAGCAGUAAUUAUGGUGCACUUUUUCGCUAUUUAAGUUGAAUAUUUCUCUACAUUCCUGAAACAAUUUUUAGUUUUUUGUACUAGAAAAUGCAGACAGUGUUUUCAAAGUAAAUGUACAGUGAUUUGAAAUACAGUAACAGAAGGCAGUGCAUGGCCUUCCAAUAAAGAUAUUUGAAGACCGAAUUUUCUUUCAGAUGGCAAUUUUCUCAACAUGUGCACAACUUUACAUUAAUGGAAUGUCAAAUGUUUUUAUAUUAAAUUCUAGAAAGGUUU